UCAACUCAGAGAGAAAGAGAGAGAGGCCGAGCAGCCGAGAGGCAAAUCUAAUCGAGAGGAGGCGAGCGAGGCUGGGGUUUCUCCUGCGACACCCUCCUUUCUCGGGGCGCUGGUCCUCCAGAUCUGAGGCGGAGGGGAAAAAAACUAGGGUUUCAGAGCUCCCUAUAAACCCCUCCUGGAAAUCACUGCCCGAAGAUUCAAAUCCGAAGAUCUAACAGUAGAAGAGAAGCAGCACCGGCGGCGGCGGCCCUUCCCCCGUCCUUUCUCCCCCUCGCUUUCCUCUUUCCUCUUGCUUGUUUUACUUUAUGGGUCGAUGUCCAUCCGUCUACCUUCUUAUCGAUCUACGAAAAGGUUUAGGAUAAAUCCUGAGUGGAAGUUUUCUUCCUUUAGAAGGUUUUGUAUGUAAAUCAUAUAUUUAUAUUUCAAAUAAAGAUGAGUUUUCCCAUCAAAGGUUUUUCAAAUAACAAGGAUGCGAGAUUGAAUAUAUCAAACAAAGUCACGGCAUUAAAUCCCAAUGCAGCAGAAUUCAUUCCUUCUGCACUUAGAUCUACGUUUGGGAACAGCAAAAGUGCAGAUGCAACUAAGAUUGAUGCACCUGGGCCUUCUGGAAAAGCAGUCCUAAAUCAUUCCGAGUCCAGUAUUUCUAAUAAUUCAGAUGACGAGGCACAUCAGUUUUGGCGUUGCCAGCUUCCUGAUGAUAUUACUCCUGACUUUAAGGUCACGGGAGAAGAUGAGUUGCGGACGCCCGGACAACUGUCACUUGCUGGUUUGUCCAUACAUGAUCGUAUUGAAACUUCACAAUUCUCUGCAUCAGCAUCAAGCCGGUUACUGGGUAUACAACAGGAUGUAUUGUCCCGUGGUAUUGAUAAUCUCAACUUGAGUGAAAAGACAAGAUAUUCUGGGUCUGGCUAUACUGAGACUCAGUCAUCGGCUUCUUUCAUGGCAUUAGCUACUGAGAACUGGAACCAACUGUUUAUGAAUGAUGAUCAGCAUUUUAUGAAUAGGAGGGAGGGGCAUGACUACAACGGGGAUUACAGUAAUGGCUAUCUGAAUAACUCAUCUGAAGAUGCAGUUUUAGAGGAUGGUGCUAUUGACCCCGUGGAGUUUUUGGUUUCACAGUUUCCAGGUUUUUCUGCUGCGAGCCUUGCAGAUGUGUAUUAUGCAAAUGGCUGUGACUUGAACUUGACCAUCGAGAUACUCACUCAACUCGAGACGCAAGUUGAUUGUGAUUUUGGUCAGAACCUGAACUCAAAGGCUUCAUCUGCUCCAAGGCUUAGCAUGCUGGACUUUCCAGCACUUCCUGUGGCAGAGUCGAAGUAUAGUGAAGAAGGUCUUCAACAAUCUCAAAACUCAUAUAGAUCUCCUUCCAGUAUAUCUAGUGGCAAUAUAGAUUUUGCUUCGGCUGUUCGAAAACUCGCUUCCCAGGAUUCUGGUCAUUGGAAGUAUGGUAGAAGUGGUUCUACAGAUGGCAGUGUCGGCUCAAGUAGAGAUUCACAACUUUUAACCAGCCAAAACAGUGGUAACAGAAAAUUGGCUUUUGGAGAUAAAUUGCGUAAUUCUGGUGCAUCUCAGGCAGCUCCAGUUUGGCUUGAGACUGGGGAAGCAGUAGCUAAUAUGUAUUCAGAAUUAAGGGAAGAAGCUCGUGAUUUUGCACGCCUUCGAAAUGCAUGCUUGGAACAGGCAAGACAGGCUUAUCUGAUUGGCAACAAGGCUCUGGCAAAGGAACUGGGUGUGAAGGGGCAGCUAUACAACAUGCAGAUGAAAGCAGCUCAUGGUAAAGCUAGGGAAGCCAUCUUCCGCCAGAGGUUGGUCAUUUUUUGGCUGCUAAUUUGUUUUGUAUGCCACCAAGGUCUCGUGGAUUCUUAUUCUUUCAAAUUACAUGAGCUAUUGAAUCUAGAAACCCAGUUGCUGCUGUGCUCCAGGGACGAGCUCAAGAUUGUCUGAUUGACUUGCAUGGUCUUCAUGUGAGUGAAGCCAUUCAUAUUUUAAAGCAAGAACUGAGCAUCCUGAGGAGCACUGCACGGUCUGCUGGGCAACAGCUUCAGGUCAUGAUUUGUGUUGGGACGGGCCACCAUACCAAGGGCUCACGAACUCCUGCAAGGUUGCCAGUCGCGGUAGAGCAGUACCUUGUAGAGGAAGGCCUUCGCUACACCCAGCCUCAACCAGGACUGCUCCGGGUUGUAAUAUAUUGACACCUGUAACGUAUACAAAAGGGGCACCAAAAAAAGAAGGAAAAGAAAGGAAAACUGACACCAUUCUUGUAUCUGUGUAUAUGGGUGGAAGAGAGAGAGAAAUCAAGUCUCCGGCAACAAAAAGAGCAGUGUAAUAUUAUCAGGAGGUGCAUUCAAUUCGCAUGUUGUAAAUUUUUUGGCUGGUUUCAGUGAAAUUCUCUUUCCCAACAAUCUUUUCAAGUGUCAUUCUUGUUACCUCAAUGCUUUCUUGUUAGAGAAUAUUAUGCAUCGAACCCAGAUGAUACUCCUGAUCAGAAGCAUGUACAACCUGAUUUUUGUGAAAUCAAACUGCUAAGUUAGAAAA